UACUGGUACUCGGCAGUCGGCACAGAACAAAAAUACGCAGUAGGUGAAUGGCCGUCAGCGGUACACCACACCUCUGCGACGCGUUUAUAAACAAAGAAAACCGUUUAACUAUUUACGGUUGUACGUUUCACAAGUGUAUUAUUGUCAACAGUUUAUAAUACAGUGUAUUAACUGUGAUUGUCAAGCAUUUCAUGUACAUAGCCCGUGAUGACAACAGCUUGUUGCUAAAAAAUAAAACUAAAAGAUUGAACAUGGUAUCAGUGAGACCCCUGCCGCCCGCCCUGGCGGAGAAGGCGCGCGCGGAGCUGGGCGAGACCCCCGAGGCGCUCACGGCCGGCAUACAGCAUCUCAAGGACUGGAUACACUCCCAGCCGCACCUGAGAGCUAGGACAGAUGACCAAUGGCUGGCUGCAUUUCUGCGAGGUUGUAAAUUCAGAUUGGAGCAAGCAAAAGCGAAGUUAGAUCUAUAUUAUAGUUUAAAAACCACUGCACCAGACUUGUAUACCUUAAGAUACAAUGAUCCCAAAGUGUGCGAAAUAAUUGAGCGGGGAACUAUCGUGAUGUUGCCGAGAACAAGAACCCCGGACUCCCCCAGGGUGACCAUGUUGAGGAUUGGCACCUGCAACACCAAGGAACAUACGGUCCUCGAAGUUAUGGCCGUUUUUAAUUUUCUCAAUCAGAUCAACUUUAUAGAAGACGACAAUUUUACGGUAGCUGGUGUAAUAAAUAUCAUAGAUUUACGGAAUUCCGUGUUCGCCCACUACACACAAGCGUCCAUCAAGCAAAUAAGGAACAUAAUCAGCGCUCAUCAGGAUGCUUUGCCUGUAAGAAUAAAACAAGCACAUUUCAUCGGAGCGCCAUACAUGUUCUACGCCCUGAUGAAUAUUAUAAAAAUAUUCCUGUCAGAGAAAGUUAAGAACAGAUUUCAUAUGCACAACGACAUCGACACACUACACGAGUUCGUGCCGCCGGAGCUGCUGCCUGAAGAAUAUGGCGGAACCGGACCGACUCUACGGGAAAUUAAAGAUCACUGGAAGCAGAAGGUGGUGGACUAUCACGGCUUUUACGAGGAGGACCUUCAGUUCCAGACGGACGAGGCACUAAGGGUCAAAGAGGGAAAGAAAAAUAAAACAAACCUCAACAUAGAUUGAAAAUAUUUAGG